AUGGAGAACGCCCGCCCGCCCUCCCCGCGGAGCCCUCUCCUCCUCCGCAGCCGAAGCGGCGCCUGCGGCCUCACCCGCCGCCCUGCCUCUCCAUCCCGGCAGUCCGUUCCCUUGUUCUCCUCAUUUUCCAACUCCGCGCCGGCCGCGCUCACCCGCUCCCACUCCGCCGCCAAACACCGCCCCCAAGUCACCGACCCUUCCGCGACUUCGUGCUGCCUCUCCAAGGAGAACCGCAAGAGCAUCUCCUGUGGACUCCCUCCGCCGGACCCUCCCGCCAGCUUGAGGAAGCCGAGAACAGCUCCCUCCGCCUGGGCCCUCUCCCCCGGCCGUUCGCCCCCGCGGUCCACCUCCGCCCCUGCCCAGCGCGACGCAAGAAAGACUAAGACCGGGUUCUCGGCGUGGGCACGAUCGCCCAGCCAAUCGAAGCCGUCGCCGGACCCGUCUCGCGCAGCGACCGUGGUCACUGCCGGCGGGAAGAAAGGCGGCGGAGGCGGGGUGUUGGGAUUAUUCCGGAGAAGGAAGGAGGCUGCACCGGGGGAGGAAGAGUCGCACCAGCUGCGGCUUCUGACGUCGAGACUGAUCCAGUGGAGGUUCGCCAACGCUCGUGCGGUGGCGGCCGUCGAGGCCGCCCGGUGCAACGCCGAGGAGAAGCUGUUCUACGCGUGGCUAAGAAUCUACGAGCUAAGGAAUCUGGUGGCGGCCAAGCGGAUCUUGGUUCAACGACGGAAGCAGAAGAUGAAGCUGCCUCAGAUCCUUCGUCCCCAACUCCGUCUCCUGAGCCAGUGGGAACCGCACGCCAAGAAGCACGUCGACGCUGUGGCCACGCUCGUGAGGCUCUUGGGCGCUGCUGCCUUCUCGCUUCCUCUGGUAGAAGGCGCCGAGGCCAACUCGGUAUCACUUCGUCGCUGCUUGAGCUCAUCGAUGGAGGCCAUGACAGACAUUGCCGCCACCGCCGGCGUAUUUUACGCAAAGGUCGGAGACAUCGACACGAUGCUGUACGAGUUGGUGGAAACAAUACGACUGGAAAUACAAGGGUUGGAGGAACUGAUGGAGAUGUGUACAAGUGUCACUUCACUGGAGAUGCAUGAAGUCAGCCUCAGAGCGCAUAUGAUUCAGGCGGUAAAGGAAGAAGACGAACUCAUCCUUUGCCCUCACCACGGAGUUGCAAUCAGCACACAUGCAUUUACAUCGAUAAGAGUGUUUCCAUACCAAAGGCUUGUCGGAACCAUCUACUAACUCGUAUUCCUAAGAUUACUGAAGUCCAGCAUCAGAAGAAUGCUGAUAUAGGAAACUUAAUUAACACCAUAAAUGUCUUCGGAGAACAGUAUUUAUAACGUCCAUUUGUGUGGAUAUGGGUUUCACUUCUUCCACAGGUGUCUUUGUGUGAUUGUAUUGUGCAGUAUUAAUGAAUGACCUGCUCAGCAAAGGUUUGGAUGCAAA